CUUUGCUUCCACAUGGUUUGAACGUGUCAGCAUGAUGGUGAUCCUGUUGAACUGUGUGACCCUGGGGAUGUACCAGCCCUGUGAGAACAUCGACUGCUCUUCAGAUCGAUGCCAAAUACUACAGGCCUUUGACGCAUUUAUCUACAUCUUCUUUGCUCUAGAGAUGGUUAUAAAGAUGGUCGCCUUGGGAAUCUUUGGUCGUCGUUGUUACCUCGGGGACACAUGGAACCGACUGGACUUCUUUAUCGUCAUGGCAGGGAUGGUUGAAUACUCACUCGACCUGCAGAACAUCAACUUCACUGCUAUUAGAACAGUGAGAGUACUGCGACCUCUCAAAGCAAUUAACAGGGUGCCAAGCAUGCGUAUCCUGGUGAACUUGCUGCUGGACACUCUGCCCAUGCUGGGUAAUGUCCUCCUCCUCUGCUUCUUCGUCUUCUUCAUCUUUGGCAUCAUCGGGGUGCAGCUGUGGGCGGGGCUUCUGAGAAAUCGCUGCUACCUGCAGGAGAACUUCACACUCACUACAGGCAUCAGUCUGCCUCGGCCCUAUUACGUGGCUGAUGAGGACGACGAGCGCCCCUUCAUCUGCUCCCUGCCAGUCGACAACGGCAUCAUGUCCUGCUCUGAUGUCCCGGCCCGCCGCGAGGGAGGCAAGACGUGCUGUCUGGACAAGGAUGACGCCCUGUACCGCCAGUCACUGGGGCUGAGCCCAGAGCCUCUGGCCAAUGGCAGCCACAGUGUAGCAGGGCUGUGUGUCAACUGGAACCAGUACUACACCAGGUGUCAUACUGGGCACACCAACCCCCACAAAGGAGCCAUCAAUUUUGACAACAUCGCCUAUGCCUGGAUUGUCAUUUUCCAGGUGAUCACUCUGGAGGGCUGGGUGGAGAUCAUGUACUAUGUGAUGGAUGCUCAUUCCUUCUACAACUUCAUCUACUUCAUUCUGCUGAUAAUUUAUACUGUAAAGCCAAAUAUUAAUGUGACCAUAUUUACACACUACAGUGUGAUUGCUGCAGCUCUCUUCUUUCACUACCUUCUCAUUUUGUCCCUUAUGUUACUAGCAUCUUUCUUUUCCCCUCUUUUAUCUGUCUCUGUGCUCUGUCAGCCAGAGGAGCUAACUAAUGUCCUGGAAAUCUGCAACAUCGUUUUCACAAGCAUGUUCUCCUUGGAGAUGAUCCUCAAACUAACCGCUUUUGGUUCUUUCAACUACCUGAGAAACCCCUAUAAUGUCUUUGAUGGAAUCAUUGUCUUCAUAAGUGUAUGUGAGAUUGUCGGCCAGUCCGACGGUGGUUUGUCGGUGCUGAGGACCUUCAGGCUGCUGAGGGUGCUGAAGCUGGUAAGGUUCAUGCCAGCCCUGAGGAGACAGCUGGUUGUCCUCAUGAAGACCAUGGACAACGUGGCCACCUUCUGCAUGCUGCUCAUGCUUUUCAUCUUCAUCUUCAGUAUCCUUGGGAUGCACAUCUUUGGCUGUAAGUUCAGUCUCAAGACAGACACUGGUGAUACAGUACCAGACAGGAAGAACUUUGACUCCCUGCUCUGGGCCAUUGUCACUGUUUUCCAGAUUCUGACCCAGGAGGACUGGAACAUCGUCUUGUACAAUGGUAUGGCAGCCACGUCACCACUUGCUGCUCUUUACUUUGUGGCCCUAAUGACCUUUGGAAACUACGUCCUCUUCAACCUGCUGGUGGCCAUUUUGGUUGAAGGAUUUCAGGCAGAGGGUGAUGCCAACUGUUCCUAUUCGGACGACGACCGCUCCUCUUCCAACUUUGAUGAGAGUGAGAAACAUGACUCCAUUAAGUUGUCUGAUCCAAGGAUCUGCACCCUGACACCCAACGGUCACGUGGAGCUGGAUGCUCUUUCAAGACCCAGGGGAUCUUCCUCCUCAGAGAGACGGAGCUUCACUCUUGAAUCCAGAAAGAGCAGUGUGAUGAGCCUUGGCAAGAGCAGCCUGGAGCGACGCUCCCUCUCACUGCGCCACGGCCGCAGUUUCAACUACCACAACUGGGGGCGCCCUUUUCCUCCACAGACUGCAUGGAGCCGCAGCUCAAACAGCCUUGGCCGGAGGAGAUAUGGAUUUGGUGGGGCUCCUCUGGUGGGAGGCAGCCUUCGUGUGCACAGUACCUGCUCGCCCCGCUCCUAUACCUAUGCUGCAGAGCAGGAAUCCCUUCUUUCUCACCCCUCCCACUCCCAUCAUCCUCUACCACCUCAUCAUCCACGUCCGCUGUUCCUCUCCAGACACUUUGAUGCAGGAAGGGAUCGACGGGCUCUCUCCCUGGAACUCCCAGAGCUGCUUCGGGCAGGCGGACAGCCCCCGGGUGUGCCCCCUGUCCACCCAGAACCCGGGAGGAGGAGCGGGUCUGGGGCAGGGGGAUCUAUCGCUGGAGGAUCUGGGGCUGGUAGUGGUUUAGGAGUGGACCACCGGGACUGUAAUGGCAAGGCACCAGGUCCCCAUACCUGUCUGAUCACUGAGGUUUUCCCUCAAGUCAAAGCACGCAAGGACAGAGCAGACCUCGAUGAAGAGACGGACUAUAGCUUGUGCUUCCGUGUCCAGAAGAUGAUAGAGGUGUACAAGCCAGACUGGUGUGAAAGCAGAGAGGAGUGGUCUGUCUACCUGUUCUCCCCUCAGAACAAGUUCCGACAGCUCUGCCAGUCUAUUAUCGCUCAUAAGCUGUUUGACUAUGUGGUCCUGGCUUUUAUCUUUCUCAACUGCAUCACAGUGGCUCUGGAGAGGCCUAAGAUUUUGCAAGGCAGCCUGGAAAGACUGUUUCUCACUAUUUCCAACUACAUCUUCACUGCCAUCUUUGUUGCCGAGAUGACUGUCAAGGUGGUGUCCAUGGGUCUGUACUUGGGAGAAAAAGCCUAUCUGAAGAGCAGCUGGAACAUUCUCGAUGGUUUCCUUGUCUUCGUCUCUCUUAUUGACAUUGUGGUGUCUAUGGCGGGUGGAGCAAAGAUCCUGGGAGUGCUCCGUGUCCUCAGGUUGCUCAGGACACUGCGGCCCCUCAGAGUGAUCAGCAGGGCACCAGGGCUGAAGCUGGUAGUCGAGACGCUCAUCACGUCCCUCAAACCCAUCGGCAACAUUGUCCUCAUCUGCUGCGCCUUCUUCAUCAUCUUUGGCAUUCUUGGUGUUCAGCUCUUCAAAGGCAAGUUCUACUACUGUGUGGGUUUGGACGUGAAGAACAUCACUAACAAAUCCGACUGCCUGGCUGCCAAGUAUCGAUGGAUUCACCACAAAUACAACUUUGACAACCUUGGACAGGCUCUGAUGUCCCUGUUUGUGCUGGCCUCCAAAGACGGCUGGGUCAACAUCAUGUACCAUGGGCUUGAUGCAGUGGGGAUUGACCAGCAGCCGUUCACCAACAACAAUCCAUGGAUGCUGCUCUACUUCAUCUCUUUCCUCCUGAUUGUCAGCUUCUUCGUCCUCAACAUGUUUGUGGGCGUGGUGGUGGAGAAUUUCCACAAGUGUCGGCAGCACCAGGAGGUGGAGGAGGCCCGGCGCCGUGAGGAGAAACGCCAGCGCCGGAUGGAGAAGAAAAGAAGAAAGGCCCAGAAGCUGCCCUACUAUGCAUCCUACGGUCAGGUUCGCCUUGCUAUCCACACUCUGUGUACCAGCCACUACCUGGAUUUGGUCAUCACUUUCAUCAUCUGCAUCAAUGUUAUCACAAUGUCACUGGAGCACUACAGCCAGCCACAGUCUCUGGAGACUGCACUGAAGUACUGCAACUACUUCUUCACCUCCACCUUUGUGAUCGAGGCGUCUCUGAAACUGGUGGCGUUUGGCUUUCGACGCUUCUUCAAAGACAGGUGGAACCAGUUGGACCUAGCCAUUGUGCUUCUGUCAGUGAUGGGCAUCACCCUGGAGGAGAUUGAGAUCAACGCCUCACUUCCCAUCAACCCCACCAUCAUCCGAAUCAUGAGGGUGCUCAGGAUAGCACGAGUGCUGAAGUUGUUGAAAAUGGCAACUGGGAUGAGAGCCCUUCUAGACACAGUGGUCCAGGCACUUCCUCAGGUGGGAAAUCUCGGUCUUCUCUUCAUGUUGCUGUUCUUCAUCUAUGCAGCUCUGGGUGUGGAGCUGUUUGGAGAACUAGUGUGUAACGCUGACUACCCCUGUGAAGGGAUGAGCCGACAUGCCACUUUUGAAAACUUUGGAAUGGCCUUCCUCACACUCUUCCAGGUUUCAACUGGUGACAACUGGAAUGGCAUCAUGAAGGACACCCUAAGGGAGUGCCCACCAAGUCGCCCUGGCAGCGACUACAGCUGCCACGCUGGACUGCAGUUCAUCUCCCCGUUGUAUUUCGUGUCCUUUGUGCUCACCGCUCAGUUCGUUCUGAUAAACGUGGUGGUGGCCGUGCUGAUGAAGCAUCUGGACGAUUCCAAUAAGGAAGCACAGGAGGACGCUGAGAUGGAUGCUGAGAUUGAGCUGGAGCUGGCUCAGGGAGGCCUCUGCUGCAUGAUGGGAGGUAUCGGUGCCAUCGCCGGGGCCACGGGUGGCGCUGCGAGUAUGGCGGGUGUGGGCGGUGGAGCGUCCAGUGCAAUUACAGCAGGGACAGUUGGGGGUCCAGGUGGUGGAGUGAUGAUGCCACUCCGAGAUGGAGGAGGAGGCGGAACAGCUCGUGAGGGACACACAAACCAUCGAUGUCGACUCUACUCCCCUGCUCAGGAAAGCCAGUGGCUGGACAGUGUCUCUCUGCUGAUUAAGGACUCGUUGGAAGGUGACAUGAUUGACAACCUCUCCGGUUCAGUUUUCCACCACUACUGCUCUCCUCCUGUCUGCAAGGACUGUAAGAGUCACCCACAAGAGAUCCGACUGGCGGAGGUGGAGCAGGCAUCUCUGAUGUCAGAGCAGCUGUCAGACAAGUCAUCGUCUCUGGCACUUCCUGAUGACCUCAGCCUGGACGAACACAGCAGCUACCAACUGCUUGUCAGAGACAACCAGAGAGGCAGCAGUGACUCCCACAGUUCGGAGGAGCUGCUCGCCCAUGAGGGCUACCGAGGGCUUUGUCCCUCCAGCUUAGGAAGUGAGGAAGGGGCCCAGGAGGUGUUUGAGAUGUGCACCCAUCCUCACUUAAAUUCUCCCUCACUGGAGCAGCAAAGUGCAGCACAUUGCACAGAUGGUGAUGGCGGAGGUGGUGGAGGGUCUUCACACACCUUUCACCCUCCAGCUGACUUUUUCCACCCAGCAGCUGCAGCUCAUCCAGGCAGCCCUGGGAAUGGCGUUAGCCCAGGAGACAGAGGGUCAUCCAGGUUGGCCUUCCCUGCCUCCUGGGCCUCUCUUCGCUCACCUGGAGCCAACAGCAGACCACUGAGCUCUCAGCACCCAGCUCACAGUGACUCCUCCUGGGCCACAGGCAGCUCAGAAGGAAGCCUGCAGACUGCACUAGAUGAAGGGCUCAGCUUCAGCGUCUCCCCACCUCAAGAUCUGGUUCUCCCCAUGCCUCUGCUCUGCCACCUCCCCAGCCACCCCUUGCACCCUGAGAAACCAGUCACAGGAGACCAGGAUCAAUCUUUACUAAAGAGACGCAGUACGACAUUUGCCAGGGGGCACCAGAAAAGCCAGAGCAGCUGCGGUGGUGGCAGCGCCAGUCAUGGUUGUCCCCGGCAGGACUCCAUGGACCCCUCAGAUGAGGAUGUGGGCGCGGGGACAGGCUGCCGCCAAACCUUCAACAGUGAACACUUGUCAGAAACACUGAACAGCCUUUCACUAACGUCACUGCACUCCCCGAGCACUCUGGCAACCCAAAUGGUGAAGAAAUGUAACAGCACAGGUUCACUGGACCAGACCAAUCUAUCUGCCCGGAGUAAAGAUUGCCGCCAUUUUGAUGACAUAGGCGCCCAUGGUUACUUGUCCAACCCCUGGAUGGAGGGAAGGGUGCAAGGUGAGGAGAAGGACAGUGAUAUCACAGGCUUCAGCAUGAAACGCAGCAGCCGGCCCACAGAUACAGCCUCUAGGAAAGAUAGAUGAAACACUUGUUGCCUCUCUGUAGUAAAACUCUUUAACUAUUUGCAUUUCUCGACCUUGAACACAACAGGGAGAGACUUUUAAUACCUGCCCGGUGUCCAGUUCUGAAAUUCUCUCUUGUCUUUGAAUCAUCUGUUCUCUCUCUCUCUCUGUCCUCCUCCUCCUCCUCCUCAGAUCUGGCUGCUUGCAAUCAGUCAUUUCUCAAAAGAUUACAGUUGCUUCUGAGGUUUGACAUCCUUUCUCUUUCACAGGUGUGGUUGCUUUUUGAAAAGACUUAAUGAGAAUGAGAGGGGGCUUAGUUGUAUAGUAUAACUAGGAUCAGCCUGGCAAUCCUGGGCUUUACAUUUCAGCCAUGCUGAAAUGCUGAGUAGUCAGAAAAACAUUAGAAACACAGGCCUGAAAAUUACAGUGACUGACAAACAUCACCAAGGUGAACUUCUAGAAAAAAAAUAAAUUUUCUUCAAGGAACAGGGCUUGCUUGACCCAAUGUGCCCUCAACCUUUGUGCAGAAAAAGUGUUGUUAACAGUGGACAAAUGACAAAUUCUGAAGUUUCUUUUGAGGAAGAACUGAACCAUGUACAGCUAUUUAUUUAUUUUUUGUAAUAUCCAUCGCUAAUAGUAGCAUCAACCAGCCAUGUUUCCUCUUUAGGAGAUUUGAUGGGUAACAGAAUGUUGAAAGGUUGUUUAUUUUCUCUAUUCUUUUUCAACUUCGAAAUGUUGAAGCUGUGUGAAUGUAGACGCCUGUUGUUGUUUGUGAGGAAGAAGGAAACAAGGACAAAGAGCUUGACUAAUCUGAAAUUUGACAAAGGGCCUUUUUUUUUGAACAGAACAAUGGAAAUGUGACUGCUGCUGAGAAUAUAUGUGGGUUGUUAUUGGAGGCUAUGGCCACUUUUAGAGUGGACUUGUGCUUUCCACAUACCCAUGAAAGGGCUAAAAUGUACUGAGUGCAGACCUGGGCCAAAUACUACUGGCAAAUAAUCUUUUGCUAUCUGCUGUAAUAUAGCAUUUGAAAGUGUCUUUAAGAGACAUUCAUUACUUUCAAAGACUUUUCUGAUGCUUAUAAUAUUUCCCUCUAAGACAGAUGUGGCACUGAAAUGAACAGUGGAAAAAAAUGUUAAAUUUCUUUCAAGAUUCAAGAUUUUUUUAAUUGUCAAUUCACUAUAUGUGCAGGACA